AUGGCUAUUCCACGCCGACCCAUCGGGAAGCUGCCUGCAAACCCACCACCACUACCUCAGAAAGAGCCGCAGCAGCCAAACUCAUCACAGAUUCCCCCAUCACCUUCGGAAUCACUAUCGAGUAUUCUGUCGGCAUAUUCACGCUCGUCCGGCGAAUCCCUUGUCAGGUUGCCUUACGAAGCUAGCGAUAGUGUUCGUCAGAGUGAGGCAAUCUCAUCACCGAGUCACCAAGCUCCACCCGCCAACACCAACACUGGCACGUUUAUCGGUCCCCCGACCCAGCAACAACAGCAUCAUUAUCAACUGCAACAGCCGCAACAUUAUGUUGCCCAGAAGUUGCCCGCCAACAACCAUCGGCCACCCCCACUACCCUCUAAGGACACUAAAUAUCACCUUCCAGCCACGCCUGCUCCUGUUCGAAAACCGGUUCCAGAGAACAAGCUGCCUGAACUAAACUCAGCGCCGUCGCCUUCGCAGACCCAGCAGCAACCUCAACCUCAGCUUUGGCGUCGUCGGUCGUCAAAGGCCGAGCGGAGCCUUGAGCUUCCCGACCUGAAGCUUGUUGCUAGCCACGGGUCGACUGCUGCAACGCAGCCAGUUGUUGCAAAACCACAUGUUCAACCGCAGCUUUCUUCAAGCGGACCUAAAAUUUCCACAAUACCAAACUGGCAGCCUGGGAGCACCAACCCCACAGCUCCUGCUGGCCAGGACUCCGAAACGUUGCCAGCCGCUGAGCAGGUGCCAGGCACCCCAACCAUGGGGAUCAACAGUUCCAAGCUGAACCGUCUCAAAGGGAAACUUCAUCUUCAUCGAAGGGGGAAAUCAUCAGGUGACACGAGCAAGUCUUCUCCAACGCCACGACCUGGGGCAAAUCGUCCCCCCACGCCUGAAUAUCAAAAGGAAGACAUCAAGACUCCAGUUGUUGAUUCUUUUAUUUCGCCUUUGUCGCCCGCUUCAUCACCGGAGCCCGCUGCGCAGGCUACCAAGCCCCUCGGAGGACAAGCCGGUUUCUGCAUCGCCAGAGGCGGCAUCGUUACCACCUUCGGUCACCGAUUCAAGGGGAAGUCGUGGAUCCUCUGGCAGUGA